UCCACCAUUCAUGUCUUCUCCUUCCAAGCUCACAACUCCUCUUUCUUCCUCCACAUAUAUAUUCCAUCUUCUCCUUUUUUGUCCUUCAAAAUGAAAUCCUUAACCGCAGCGAGCUGCAUGCUUUUCGUUUCCUCUCUUCUACUUGUGGUUCCUUGUCCUAUGGGCCAAGCAGAACCCGAUGGAAGAGGCAAGCUUCUGGAGCAUUGUGGUUUCACCGCCAUCUACUGUUUCGGAGACUCCAUGUACGAUAGCGGGAACGCCCUGGCCGAGUCCCCUCAGGGGCCCAUGGGUAAAUUCCCUUACGGCGUCACCAUCCAUCGUGCUACCGGUCGCUUCACCGAUGGCUAUACCAUUAUCGACCGCAUAGCCGAGGCGGCCGGGGUUCCUCCCUUGAACCCGUAUUUGAAGAGAAAUAUGGAUCACUCGAAAGGAACCAACUUCGCGGUGGGAGGAGUGGGGCUUUUGUCCAAGGAAGCCCGAGCCAAAUGGCACGUCAAGUUGCCCUUCUCCAAUAGCAGCGUGGACAUCCAGCUCAAGUGGUUCGACCGGCACCUCAACCAGGCCUACAGAAAUCAAACCGCAGCUCGUCGGGAACACGUGGAAUCAUCACUGUUCGUUCUUGGUGGAGCCGGCAACGACUACCUGAAUAUGAACCUCAGCUUCAGCUCUCUCCCUCGGGACGUCCAAAUGAAGCGGAUCAUGCCCGCUCUCUUGGCAGCUACUCGGGCUUAUGUGAAGACGCUCAUAACUGAGUAUGGAGCCAGGAAGGUGGUCGUGCCCGGAAUCCUGAAAGCUGGAUGCAGGGUGAGUACUGGAGGCUUCUUCCAUGCCACCCAAGUUCAGUGCGACGAAACCCUAAUUUCGGUCGCCGCGCUUCACAACCGGCUGCUUAAACGGGAGCUCGAGAGGCUACGGAUUAAGUUCCCCGACGUGGAAAUUGUUUACGGGGACAUGUGGAGGGCAACGCAGUGGCUUUUCGACCAUUUCGGUUCAGCAGGGAUCCACCAUCCCAACGGCAGAUGCUGCGGGAAUUCUUCCAUUGGGUGUGGGAUGCCUGGGGCACCAUACUGCGGAAACCCUAGCGAUUAUAUAGAUUGGGAUGGCACCCAUUUCACGGACCAUGCUUACCGGCUAAUGUCCGACUUUCUGAUUCCCCAAUUGGCUUCUGGACUUGGAUGUCGCGCUGCUGCCAACAAUGUUCGUUCCCAAGGGUGAUCAAGAAGAAUUUUCUCUUUUAUGCCAUCUUGGUGAAAAGAAGUUACGUUGAUGCACUAUAAAAGAUGUAUAAUGGUAGAGAAGAUAUAUAGCGUGCUUCUUCAUUUAUUUUCUGCGUGUUGGCUUUGCCAUUUAGGGGGUGCUACUGAUUGUGACGCGACAUGAUGGUAUUGCAGGAGAAAAGGAGAAUCAAUACCAUAAGUAAAAUGUUAAAUUGACCAAUUAUAUUCAGUCCACUAAUUACCCCGAAAGCUUCUAUGCCUCUUUGUUUGCUUAAGCUGUCGCCGAACACAUAAAUAAACAGCUC